GGCCGCCUCUACCAUGGCCUCCAAACAAACCAAAAAGAAAGAGGUGCAUCGUAUCAACUCGGCGCACGGAUCGGAUAAAUCUAAAGAGCAGUACUACUUUGGCAGUAAUGCGCAACCUAGUUCUGUUGAGCAGAAGAAGGGGAAAUUCCCAAUCUGGCCAGAAUGGAGCGAGGCUGACAUAAACGCAGAGAAGUGGGACGCAGGCAAAGGUGGAAAAGAAAAGGACAAAACAGGAAAAAGCCCUUUAUUUCAUUUUUUUGAAGACCCUGAAGGAAAGAUUGAAUUACCACCAUCGUUGAAAAUUUAUUCCUGGAAACGUCCACAGGAUUUUUUAAUUAAUCGGGCUCCAGUAGUUGUGAAAAAUGAAAUCCUGUUUGACUUGUUUUCAGCAAAUGAACAUUUACUCUGCAGUGAGCUGAUGAGAUGGAUUAUCAGCGAAAUCUAUGCAGUGUGGAAGAUAUUCAAUGGAGCUACUUUGAACAAUUAUUUUAAAGGGAAUGCAGGGGAACCUCCUCCUCUCAACUGGAAGCCCUGGGAACACAUCUACUCUCUGUGCAAGGCUGUGAAAGGUCACAUGCCUUUAUUCAAUAACUAUGGAAAGUAUGUCGUGAAACUUUACUGGAUGGGUUGCUGGAGAAAGAUUACUAUUGAUGACUUUUUGCCUUUUGAUGAAGACAACAAUCUAUUGCUUCCAGCCACAACCUAUGAAUUUGAACUCUGGCCAAUGCUUCUGUGUAAAGCUAUCAUUAAACUGGCAAAUAUUGACAUUCAUAUAGCGGAGAGGAGAGACCUAGGGGAGUUCACUGUUAUCCAUGCACUUACAGGAUGGCUACCAGAAGUGAUCUCUCUCCAACCAGGAUAUAUGGACAAAGUAUGGGAGCUCUUGAAAGAAAUAUUGCCUGAAUUUAAGCUGUCAGUUGAGUCCAGUUCUGAAAGCAAAAUAGCUGUGUUAGAUGCCAAAUUAAAAGAACCAGGGAAAGAAGUGAAGGAUGGCAAAGAAUUCAAACCUGAAGGUUCAGUGACAGCACUAAAGAUACCUGAGAAAAGUGACAAGGCUCCAAAAGAAAAAGCAGAUGCAAAAGAUGUCGGGAAGAAGAAGAGUAAAAAUGGAGAAAAAGAGAAGGAAAAAGAAAAAUUCAAAUGGUCACUUCAUGCUUCAAGACCCUCAUCAGAUGUACAGUACUCUCUGCAGUCUCUGUCAGAUUGUUCUUCAGCAAUACAGUCUCCUCACAUGGUUGUAUAUGCUACCUUUACACCCCUCUAUUUAUUUGAAAAGAAGAUCUUUGCAUUAGAAAAAAUGGCUAAUUCUGCAGAGAAGCUGAGAGAAUACGGUCUUUCCCACAUCUGUAGCCAUCCUGUGCUGGUAACUAGGACUAGGUCUUGCCCCCUCAUAGCACCUCUGAAAUCACCUCCCAUACCUCCCUGGAAACUCUUUCGUCAAAAAAAGGAAACUGUUAUAACAGAUGAAGCUCAAGAAUUAAUAAUAAAGAAGCCCGAACAAUUUCUUGAAAUUUCAAGUCCAUUUUUGAAUUAUAGGAUGUCUCCGUUUACAAUUCCAACAGAAACUCAUUUUGUACAAUCUUUUAUUAAGAAAGGGAUGCCUCCAGGAUUUGAUUUAUCGUCCAUUACUGAAAAUGAUGAAACCACCACCAUUAGCCAGCCAGACUUAAGCCAAUUGACAGGAACAGUAUCUCAGGGUAAUAUUAUUUCACAAGUUAUACUUGGAAAAGGUAAAGAUGAACUGAUAGACCUUGGAAUGAAUGACACAGCCCAUCAAGGUGAAGGAUUUAGUUUGGAAAGAGAUUUGGUCAGCCAGACAACAGCCACACAGGAUAAAUCACAGGAGGAGUUUGCAACAAUAAAUAAUAGUGUUUCUAAAGAAAUAUGGUUGGAUUUUGAAGACUUCUGUGUAUGUUUUCAGAACAUAUAUAUUUUUCACAAGCCAAAUUCAUAUUGCCUUAACUUUCAAAAAACAGAAUUCAAGUUCUCAGAUGAACGUGCGUCCUACUAUCUAUUUGUGGAUAGUCUAAAACCUAUUGAACUACUGGUUUGCUUUUCUGCAUUGGUACGAUGGGGAGAAUCUGGAGCUUUAACAAAAGACAGCCCUCACGUAGAGCCUGGACUGCUUACAGCUGAAUCAGUUUCUUGGAAAUCUCUGAAGCCCCGGGAACUUGUUACGAAGAUUCAUACGUAUGCUACUAAGGCUACAAUGGUUCGCCUGCCUGUUGGGAGACAUAUGCUGCUCUUCACUGCAUACUCCCCAGUAGGGCAUUCCAUACACAUCUGCAGCAUGGUGACUUUUGUCGUUGGAGAUGAAGAUGUUGUGCUACCCCACUUUGAGCCGGAGAGCUACCGAUUUACAGAGCAGUCUUUAAUGAUUUUGAAAGCUGUUGGAAAUGUGAUGGUUAGUUUCAAAGAUAAGGGUAAACUCUCCGUGGCUCUGAAGGAUUUACAAGCAGCUCACUACCCCAUACCCCUCCACAAUAAAGAACUAACUUCACAGCACUUCAGGGUUUUUCAUAUUUCUUUAUGGCGUUUAAUGAAAAAAACUCAACCAACAAAACUUCCUCCCAACUUUAAAUUUGCAUUUCGUGCUAUGGUUUUGGAUUUGGAGUUACUCGAUUUCUCCUUAGAAGAUGUUUCUUUAGCGGAAUGGGUUGACAUUAAAUACUGCCUACCAGUAAGUGAUAAAGAAUAUUCUCCUGAAGAAGUAGAAGCAGCAAUUAAAAUUCAAGCCAUGUGGAGAGGGACUUACGUCAGAUUGCUUAUGAGAGCUAGAACACCAGACACAAAAGAAAAUACCAGUGUUGCAGAUAUUCUUCAAAAAGUUUGGAGUAUAUUGGAAAUGAAUAUAGAACAGUAUGCAGUUUCUCUCUUAAGACUAAUGUUUAAAAGCAAGUGCAAGUCUAUUGAAUCUUACCCAUGCUAUCAAGAUGAAGAAACUAAGAUUGUUUUUGCUGACUAUACUGUGACUUAUGCAGACCAGCCACCAAAUAGUUGGUUUAUAGCAUUCAGAGAAACAUUUUUGGUUCCUCAAGAUAUGAUUUUGGUUCCCAAAGUGUAUUCUACACUCCCGGUCUGCAUGCUUCACAUUGUUAAUAAUGACACAAUGGAACAAGUGCCAAAAGUGUUCCAAAAAGUGGUGCCUUAUCUUUAUACCAAGAAUAAGAAAGGCUACACAUUCGUGGCUGAAGCAUUUACUGGUGACACAUAUGUAUCAUCCUCACGAUGGAAACUGCGCCUCAUUGGUUCCUAUAAUCCACUCCCAUGCCUAUCUCGAGAGUCUCCAGGCAAUACCUUCACCAUAAAGGAAAUCAGAGAUUACUACAUACCCAAUGAUAAGAACAUUUUAUUCAGGUAUUCCAUUAAAGUUGCUUUACCGCAUCCUGUUACAGUACAGGUACGCACGUCCAAACCAGAUGCAUUCAUCAAGCUACAGAUCUUAGAAAAUGAAGAAACUAUUGUCAGUUCCACUGGGAAAGGGCAAGCUAUAAUCCCAGCAAUUAACUUCUUGGGGAGUGAAAAAGUUGUGAGCUCCCAGUCUAGCAAACAAAUUCUUUUAAUGCAUGCUUCAUCCAAGAAGGAGCAAGAAUUGUACAUCAAGAAGAAAUCUGCGCAGGGAAGUCAGAAAUCCUAUAAGGGUAGACCUGCAAGUGCAAUUGUAGACACUGGGCAGCCCAUUAUGGAGGAGGAAACUGCCAGUAUGCCCACCAUAGAAGAAAAUGCUAGCACUCCACAGCAGGUCAACAAGUACAUUAUACAGUGUUUGGUAUUGUAUAACAGUUGGCCUCUCACUGAAAGUCAGCAGACAUUUGUUCAAGCACUAAAAGAAUUGGAGAAAAAUGAUAGUAAAG